AUGCAACUUCUGCAUACCACCACCCUGAGUCGUUCCCCUAUCUCCCUCAACAACAAGAGACCUGAAUUCCUCUUCCUGCCGGCAUCUAAGAGGCAGGUGUGUGAGGAGGAUGAGACCUCCUCAGUAGGAAUCAAUAGGGGUGUAGACCCGUCCCCCUCCCCAUCACCCUGUGGGUCAGAUCGCCCUCUGGUGGUGUGGAGUAGUACCUCUCUAGGACCCCCCGUGGCCGAGAAACCCCGCUGGCACCUGGGACAACGGACACCCGCUCACCUGCUGCCCCCCGACGUCACAGGUGAGGGUAAAGUCCCGGACGUAGACCUUCUCCAGGGCUCCUGUUCCCCCUCUCUGUCCCUGGGCUGCGGCGUCACCGAUCAGCCCCGGUCUCUGGAGCCCGUCUCAGACACCCCUGUCCAGCACCUUACCCUGAGGAAGACCCACAGUGACCUGGACCCCAGUCUCAGCCUGCCCCAGUCCCCCUGGACUCCACCUCCUACCCUGGGCACCAUGGACCACUCUGCUACCCUUCUCUGCUCCAACUCCCCGUCUCAGUCCUGGAACGGCCCUAAAGGCUCUACCUUCUCUCCUGGAGUCUGGAGUGAGGCCUAUAGUUAUAAUUUAGCUCCCAAUCCACUAGGGAAGGGACCGGCGACCAUGCCCAAAACGGUGGGGAUGGUUGGGGGGGUAAGGGGGCAGGGUGGAGGGUUGAUGUGCCCCUCUCAGACCAGUUUGGGACUCUCCGGGAGCUCGGGGUCGCAGUCUCACUCUAGUUCGUUCACGUCGAUAUCGGAGUCGUCCUGUCUCAGGCACCCGGUAACCAUGGUUAUGAUGACGGGGAGGCGGAGCGAAACAGAGGGCGCGGCGGCUAGCCCAGCAGGGGGACAGAUGGGGUCAGAAAGAGGGGUGGGAGAAGGAGAAAGGAGGGAGAGGUCAGCACAUUCCAUCGCUGCGGCCAACGCAUUCAAGUUCCGCGAGCGCUCUCUCUCCACGCCGACAGACUCCGGUUCGUUCUGCUCCACAGAUAACGUCAGUGGCGGGAUGUACAGUGUCACUGGGGUAACAGGAGCCGGUAACGGGACGAACGGAGGUGUUCCAACAGAAAUGCACAGCCACCACCACUAUCAGCCCCGUGGUGAAAGGGGGGAGAGCUAUGCCCUCCUGUAUCCCAGCGGGAGCUCUGAGGACGGUAGCGCCAGCGUCGACAACAUCUCCAUAACCGACGGCAACUUCCCCCAGGACGGUCGCCUACGGUUACGCUCUCGCUCUAUCUCACUAAAGAAGUCCAAACACAAACCCCCUCCGCCCGUCCGGAGCGUCUCGCUCAUGAAGAAUUUAGGGGACGCCGAUGGGCAUGUGCACGGCCGUGACAGGGGUCACUACAGGGAAGGACGCCCCAAAUCCCUCCACAUCCCACGGGAACACCUCCAGGACUUCCAGCCAAACUUUCUCCUACCCUCCUCAUCCUGCCUCUCCAAGCCUGAUCUGGAGGAUCCCGAGCUGGGCUACGGCGGGAUGGACGGGCCCCCUGGCCUGGAGGUCCAGGGACCCAACAACACAGAGCUGUCCUCCCCAGCCCACUGGCAGCUGGGGGAGUGGAAGUCUUCUGAUCCAUACCAGUCAUGGUCUGGGUCUAGCACCGCUACAGGGACUACUGUCAUAGACUGUAUGAAGGUUCGAGGCAGUUCAGAGUCUCUCCUGGAUUCCCCGUCUACCUCCCGAGCCUCCUCUCCCUCCCUCCUCUCCAUCGAGUCGACCAAAGCCUCCUCCCCCUUCAAGCCUCCAGGACUCAUGUCCCCUUCCAGUGGCUACUCUAGCCAAUCAGAGACACCCACGCCCAUCACCCCCUCCAAUCAGGUCGCAGGAACAACAACAGGGCCCGCCUCCACAUUUGGGUGUAAGAUGCGCCCCAAAAUCCCAGAGAGGAAGUCUUCGCUGCCGGUGACCUCGCCGCGUGACCCAGCUGCCCGUUCGAGGCUUUCCUUCGAGAUGCCGGUUAACGCUCAUCUAGACUUGUCCUCCAUCAAACCAAAACAGAAAGCCAGCAGGCGUCAUUCUGACACAUCCACUGCAGCCAAGCCCGGUAAACUGAGUUCCGGCAGUCAAUCAUCUCUCCCCGUGGUGACCACGAACGAGCUCCGGACCAUCCGCCUGCGUUCCGUCUCCCGUACUGACCUGGAGGACUUCCCAGACGGAGCCUCUGAUGACAUUAUCGAGGAGGAGCAGGGUCUUGACCUUUCCCCCCUUGGUGUCAACUCCCUCGGGCCCCUCGUUACCUCCAAACCCAAGCCUCCGGUCGCAGUGAAACCCCCGUUACCCAAACGGCCCUUCAACCUCCUUCUCAAGUGCCCCUCCUCCUCUCCCGUUGAUUCCGAAUCCUCCCCUGCCUCCCCCAUUGACCCUCCCCGGCCCAUGCCCAACCCCAGCAUUUACAUGGUGGUAGGUAGGAAGCCCAAGCUGAAGAAAGCCCUCCCUCACACCCCCACCAGCCCUUGUGGACCCCUGGACCAAACCCAAACCUUCCAUCUCCAUCACCCCCAGGGUCUUUACAAUCUCCCCUCCUUCCCCCAUAUCCAGUCCCUGUACGACCUCCCUCCACUCCCCCUGCCCCAGCCACUGCUGGAGGACCCCGCCUUGGAGCCGGAGUUCGACCCAGACUUGGAGCUCCAUCUUGGGCUUGAGGGUGGAUGGUCGCUUCCCUCUCCCUGUAGUAACCUAGAGGUGAUGGAGACUCAGGAUAAGAGCAGGACCCUCCCCAGCAGGAUGACCAUCUCCUGUCUGGCCGAACUGGACAAGAAGAAACCCAAGGUUCCUCCACCAGUUCCCAAGAAGCCCAACAGUCUCCUUCUUCCCUCCAACUCCACCACGGUUCAUUCCAACGGUUCCACCGACAGACAGGGAACACAGAUGGACGGCCCAGCCGCUCUCCGCUCUCCUGUCGGAGCCUCUCCACCUGAGGAGAUUCCCGGUAAAGCGGAAAACCAGGAAAACCACCUGGGAACAGAUGAGGAGAGCUCAAUGGAGUCUUCAUUACAGUCUUCAUUGCAGGAUUGUUCUCUUACAGACCUGGAGGGGAGGAUGGCCACUGUAGAGAUAGGGACAGGUGAUGAUUCAGUGGAGGAGAACGUUGAGCAGAGUAGUUUGGACUUUAGUGGUAAAACGGACCUCCACAUCACAGAGGAAACGGAUGACGAUGUCGGUGGACACACACCCAGCACACACAACAUGGAGGAUCUCUUCACCAAAAUACACAGGUCGAAGAGAAAAGUCCUGGGUCGUAAAGAACCAGGGGACUCAUUCGGCAGCCGCCAGAGUCUGGUCUCCCCAGUGAAGCACAGCACCAGCGGGGGUGACCUCCAAACCUUGACCCUGGGCUCCACUCUGCUGUCCAGCUCGCGGAACGACAACUUCAUGGCCCUGUUACAGAAGAAGGGCAGUAAGUCCAGCAGGGGAGGGACACGCCUCUCUGCCAUGGAGCUCCUGAAGAGCACGAACCCCCUCGCGAGACGCAUCACGGAAUUCUCCACGUCGUCGGACGGAGGAGGGGAUACGACCACCGGUAAUAACAGGACCAGACCGCCCCAGGACCAAUGAGUCCCGGACCGACCCUCUCUCUCUCUCUCCUACUAAAGAGAUUCUUGCUGUAACCUCCCCAACACCAACAGCGGGCUGGCAAAGUAGAGGUUGAAUAUAUAACCACUUGGCGACCAUUGAUCGACAAUGUAAAUGGACCAUUGACGGAAGAAUGAAUAUCCAACCAGACCACUCAACCACUGAUGGACCGAUCAUUAACCGCCCAACGGUUGGACACGAUGGUCACAGCGGUCAUCAAAGGAGUUUUGUUUCCAGACACGGUCCAUGCUGUUAUGAAGGUGUUUCAUUUGCUAAGGUCUCAACUCAGUCCAUGCUGUUAUGAAGGUGUUUCAUUUGCUAAGGUCUCAACUCAGUCCAUGCAGUUAUGAAGGUGUUUCAUUUGCUAAGGAGGAAUUUUGAGCCGAUGCUCCGAUUCAUCAAUCCCGUUCUCGUAUUUUUUACUUUGCUGUGUGAAUGGUACUGUGCAGCCAGGCUCAUUGUGUGAAUACUAUACUAGGGAAAGAAGGAAAGAUUAGAUAUUACCUUCACUCUGGGAGCCUGAACGUAUGACUGUCAAUGAUGUGGAAAUGAAUCUGAUUCAACCAUGGAUACACCACCAGUGUCUACUAUCAACGCUCCAUCCAACAACAGCCAGAGUACAGGCCAAUGCUGGUCAAAUAAACCACAUUGAACUUAAGGCUUUUGAAUACAUGGUGUGAGUAUGUGUUAUAUUAAAAACAAGAAUGGUCAUAUACUAUGGUUAUUACGUAAAGUCCAAAACAUUCUACAGGAAGAUGGACAGUUGGACCUGGUACCAAGCCCUACCCCUUUACGUUUGAAUCAAAGCACUUGGACGACGGCAUACAGAACUCGUUCACAACAACUACGGCAUACAGAGGUAGUUCACAACAACUAUGGCAUACAGAACUCGUUCACAACAACUACGGCAUACAGAGGUAGUUCACAACAACUACGGCAUACAGAGGUAGUUCACAACAACUAUGGCAUACAGAGGUAGUUCACAACAACUAUGGCAUACAAAGGUAGUUCACAACAACUACGGCAUACAGAGGUAGUUCACAACAACGACGGCAUACAGAGGUAGUUCACAACAACUAUGGCAUACAGAGGUAGUUCACAACAACUAUGGCAUACAGAGGUAGUUCACAACAACGACGGCAUACAGAGGUAGUUCACAACAACUAUGGCAUACAGAGGUAGUUCACAACAACUACGGCAUACAGAGGUAGUUCACAACAACUAUGGCAUACAGAGGUAGUUCACAACAACUAUGGCAUACAGAGGUAGUUCACAACAACUACGGCAUACAGAGGUAGUUCACAACAACUAUGGCAUACAGAGGUAGUUCACAACAACUACGGCAUACAGAGGUAGUUCACAACAACUACGGCAUACAGAGGUAGUUCACAACAACUACGGCAUACAAAGGUAGUUCACAACAACUAUGGCAUACAGAGGUAGUUCACAACAACUAUGGCAUACAGAGGUAGUUCACAACAACUACGGCAUACAGAGGUAGUUCACAACAACUAUGGCAUACAGAGGUAGUUCACAACAACUACGGCAUACAGAGGUAGUUCACAACAACUAUGGCAUACAGAGGUAGUUCACAACAACUAUGGCAUACAGAGGUAGUUCACAACAACUAUGGCAUACAGAGGUAGUUCACAACAACUACGGCAUACAGAGGUAGUUCACAACAACUACGGCAAACAGAGGUAGUUCACAACAACGACGGCAUACAGAACUCGUUCACAACAACUAUGGCAUACAGAGGUAGUUCACAACAACUAUGGCAUACAGAGGUAGUUCACAACAACUAUGGCAUACAGAGGUAGUUCACAACAACUACGGCAUACAGAGGUAGUUCACAACAACUACGGCAUACAGAGGUAGUUCACAACAACUAUGGCAUACAGAGGUAGUUCACAACAACUAUGGCAUACAGAGGUAGUUCACAACAACUAUGGCAAACAGAGGUAGUUCACAACAACUACGGCAUACAGAGGUAGUUCACAACAACUACGGCAAACAGAGGUAGUUCACAACAACUACGGCAUACAGAGGUAGUUCACAACAACUAUGGCAUACAGAGGUAGUUCACAACAACGACGGCAUACAGAGGUAGUUCGCAACAACUACGGCACAUCAACGCCUGUGUCAUCCGUGUUCUAUGUUUGGUUUAUGUUAAAAACAUUUAUUGCGAGAUAGAAUGCCAUACAUAUUUAACUUGCACAACGAUAUGCCCACCAUAUAACCUGAAAUAGAACAGCUUGAACUGUUUGAAGAGACUAUGUAUACUAGUCCUACUGACAGCAGUAGUACAAUAUAAUUACUGUAGGACUAACAGUGAACAGUAGUACACACACCCAGCAGUACACACACCCAAACCUUCCCUAUGGAUCUCCCCGUACUGCUGUCAGCGUGUGUGUUUAUGUGUUUACGUGUGCAGGAAAGAAUAACCAAACGCAUGCAGGUGUGAUGAGUGAAGGGGUACACAGAAUGGAACCCUGUGGAUCUUUCCUAAGGGAGAGUCUGAUACAGGUUGGGUUGAUUAAACAGGUUUAGACUACAGGUCUCUGUUAGGACCAUUAGACUGCUACGCCAGAGAACACCCAGGGGGUUUAUACUAGAGGAGGGUCAUUGGGGCGUGUCUACUGUAUGUGUGUGUGUGUGUGUGUGUCUGCAGAUAAGGGGUUAAUUCAUUCGUCCUAAGGAGAGGAUGCAGUGGUCUGAACGUGACUGUACUCUUUGGAGACAUUCUGAACCUGAAGGGAUUCUAGAACUGAGGGGAUUCUAGAACUGAGGGGAUUCUAGAACUGCGGCGAUUCUAGAACUGAGGGGAUUCUAGAAAUGAGAUUAGAAACACACUGUUUCGAACAACUAUCUCAAAACUCACAGAGACAAAACAAGAAUAGAGCUGUCCCUCCAUCUGACAUAGAGAACCAUAAAACAGGAUAAGGAUGCAUCACCAAGUUCUUUGUGCCCUCGCCACACGCUUUCUCUCUCACACUGUCCAUGUAGUGCAGUGGUGAUACUGCAGCCUUUUCCUCUCCUUUACCUUCCUUCUACUCUUCUCCUCCCUAGCUGGAAUUCAUGCUCUGUCUCUCUCUGCCCAGGGUGCAGCCCCACUCCUCACCUCCCCCCUUCCUUUCAUCUCCCAUCCUUUCCCUCCUCCCCUACUCCCUCCUCCUCUCCUCCCCCCUCCUCCUCCCCUCCCCUGCUCCCUCCUUCUCUCCUCCCCCCUCCUCCUCUCCUCUUGCUCCUCCUCCCACUCCUCUCUGCCCCUCCUCCCUCCCGCCUUACCCCUCCCAUUCCCUCUACCAUCUGAGCUUCAGGUUUACAGACGACACAGCCUGAAUGUCAAUGAUUGCUAGGAAGGAAAUGAAGGAUGCCAUGUUGGUAUUACGUCCAAGAGUGCUACGCUCAAAUUCCUCCCCGUUGCCUCCCCCUUUUACAAAGGAGUGUUUUCUUUCAUCCUUUCCCUGCGUUGUGCAUCCAUCCGUUUAUCCAGACCAACCAUCCAUGGUACAAGUACAAUAGGAUGAUGGAUUGUCUGAAAGAACAGAGAUGAAGGGACAUGGAUAGUGUGUGUGUGAAUGUCUGAGUGUGUACGUACAGGAGAGGAUAGUGGACUCUGGAUCCACUAAGACUGUGAAUCGAAUACGGAUGCUAACCCAUCCUUCUUUCUCACACACCUCUUACCCUGGAUAGAAUGGACAGUGGAUCUGUUGGUUCUGCGUUCUGUCGCUGUGUUCUAAUGUUCUAAGAAUCCUUUCACCACACGAUUCCGGAACCUUUUCCUAACUGCUCCCGGCAUGGAGAGUAGGGCUGUGCAUCUGAGAGUAGGGCUGUGCUUCUGAGAGUAGGGCUGUGCUUCUGAGAGUAGGGCUGUGCUUCUGUGGCUCUCAAUCAGAAGGAGAAAACACAACGCCUGGUGCUAUUGAGCUAGAGCGCCCCUUAUGGACGAAGACAGGGAGAACCCCCCUGUUCUAACCCUGCUCUGUCCCUCAGCAACAUGGACAAAGACAGGGAGAACCCCCUGUUCUAACCCUGCUCUGUCCCUCAGCAACAUGGACAAAGACAGGAGAACCCCCCUUUUCUAACCCUGCUCUGUCCCUCAGCAACAUGGACAAAGACAGGAGAACCCCCCUGUUCUAACCCUGCUCUGUCCCUCAGCAACAUGGACAAAGACAGGAGAACCCCCCUGUUCUAACCCUGCUCUGUCCCUCAGCAACAUGGACAAAGACAGGAG